CACAUUUCAAAUUUGGAAAUUGCCUAUCCGGCGAGGUUAAUGAUUUUUGUUUCUGUGACUGAGUCUUAUCUGUUUAUCAUAUUUUGUUAAAAUUUUAUCAAACGAAAUAAGAGAAAUGUUAGUUAUUGAUCAAAGUUGAAGUGCAGAAGUUAUGGUAUUCCUACAAUAUCUUCUUAUUGGUUGAACAUUUUUGUCAAAAAAUAUUUCUGGAAAAUAGCAAAAUGGCAGAUCAAAUAGACAAUCAACCCAGUCAAGUUACUCGAAGACCUGGUAUCCAACCUUUAGACUUUUCACAAGCAAGUGAUCCAAAUGCUUUUUCCUUUAGGCCUCUAUCUGGGUCAGAUAAAGUAGGUGCCGGUUCAACUAUUAACCGCCCUAAAAUGAGUCUACCUACUAACAUGAAAACUAAAGAACCACCAAUAGUUAUUCGAGAAGCCAAACUCAAAGCAUGUCCUCCAUCUAUGACAUCAGUAGGAAAACUACAAAUAAAAGGUCUUAGCUAUGAUUUCACAUCUGAAGAUCUUCAAGAUUUAGGAGAAAUCGGUCGAGGAGGUUUUGGUACUGUAAAUAAAAUGAUACAUAAGGCUACAGGAACUGUAGUUGCUGUAAAAAGGAUUAGAUCGACAGUGGAUGAAAAAGAACAGAAACAGUUACUGAUGGACCUUGAUGUUAUUAUGAAAAGUAGUGAAAAUAAGUAUAUUGUCCAAUUUUAUGGAGCUUUGUUUAAAGAGGGCGACUGUUGGAUUUGCAUGGAGUUAAUGGAUACAUGUUUAGAUAAAUUUUAUAAAUUUAUAUAUGAAAGAUUAAAAGCUAGAAUUCCAGAACCCAUUCUCGGCAAAAUAGCUUUAGCAACUGUAAAUGCGUUAAACUAUCUCAAAGAAGAAUUAAAAAUCAUCCAUAGGGACGUUAAACCAAGCAAUAUACUCUUAGACAAAAGAGGGAACAUUAAACUCUGUGAUUUCGGCAUUUCUGGACAACUUGUAGACUCUAUUGCUAGAACUAAAGAUGCUGGUUGUAGGCCUUAUAUGGCACCUGAAAGAAUAGAUCCUCAAACAGCAAGGGGUUAUGAUGUUAGAAGUGAUGUGUGGUCAUUAGGUAUUACCCUAAUGGAAGUAGCCACUGGCCAUUUUCCUUAUAAAAAAUGGUCAAGUGUUUUCGAUCAAUUACACGAAGUAGUUAAUGGAGAUCCACCGAGAUUGUCCACUAGUCACAAUGCUAAUACUUUUACCGCAGAAUUUGUGGAUUUUGUUAAUACAUGUUUAAUUAAACAAGAAAAUCAAAGACCGAAAUAUAAACAACUUCUCCAAGAUCCAUUCAUUUUAAGAGCCCAGAAAGAAGAAGUUGAUGUGGCUAAUUAUGUUACUGAAAUCAUGGAUGAAAUGGCAAAUAAUGGCAUAAGUGCUUUCACGACGAAUUUGCAGUGAAAAACUCAAGAAGAACUUUGAAAGCAAAGGAAAUGGGCGGCCGGUAUCCCAACAAAACCCCAUUAAACUGUAAACGCCGUGUUUAAUGGCGCUUUGUAUUUUAUUUUAGAACUGCUCCAUUAUGAUAAAACAGUUCUCUUGAAACUUCUGGCAGGUUUUCAGAACAGUUUCGUUGUUAUGAAGAUAGAUUGUCUGUUAACUCUUUUAGUUUUGAAUGAACAUAUGGAAUGUCUUGAAAAUCUCUUAAGAACAAUAAAAAUAUGUGUAAUUUGUCUAUGGGCUAUAGAAACAAAGUAGUAGCUUUAAACUACAAUCUUAGUUUUUUUGUUAUAUUCUGAAGAACAAUUGGAACUACUAGUCACAAGUUCACCUUUGGUCUCUCAAAACAAUAACUGGGUUAUUGUAACAUGUUUUGCACAGCAUAGUUGUAUGUUGGUGUAUAAACAGCAUGUCCAGUACAAUAAUUACCAAUGAUUUAAAAAAUUCCAAUUAUCUCAUAACUCAUAUUGUUUUAAAUAUGCUAAUAUCCACUGACGAGAUGUAUGUAUCUCAUACAUUGCCAUAGUUUUUCCAAGUUCCCUUAGAUAAUUGUUGAUUACAAUUUUGUGAUCCAAGCUGUAACAGUUACAAUAAAUAAGUUACAUGUACAAUCCUUCCCGUAGUCUAUUGACUUAUCCAUAUUAAAACUAAAUUGUUGAAUAACACACAGUUGAGUUAUAAAAUAAUAAAAGAUAGAUUUAUGAGAUGAAUUUAAUCACAAGUUUUUUAUUUCAUGAACAAAGUUAAAAGCCAAAAAUUUUAUAUUUGAGAUAAUCAGUGGCAGACAUUUAAUAACAUUAAAUUUAAUCCAUCUUUUCUGUAAAUUGUUUUAUUUUUUUGCUGUUUAUUUUAUAAUUGGUACUGUUACCCCAUUUUUAUAUCCAUAUCUAUAAUUUUGCGUCUUAGUGUUGUUUUAUUUAUUGCACACUAACUUUCGUCAAACGCCCUAUCAGCUAUUUUUGCAGUUUCUGUGUGUAUAAUACCAAUAUAUUUGUAUGUAAUAUAUUGUUUUCAUAUUUGAUUUUUUUAAAAUAUUGGAUAUUUUAGUAUACUACAUUAUAACUUUGGUUUUAUUUAUGCUGACUUAUUUUUUAAUUUGUUUUAUUUCUGAAACACACACAUAGUUAGCAUAUAGGUUCCAAGUUCCAUUCGUUGCGUUCACACAUUAUCUUUUUGUGUUCUUACCUAUUUUCUCCUUGAUAAUUAUAAAUAGUAGUGGUUAUAAAGUUGCUUUAUUCUUACAUCCAUUAUAAACUUCUUGGAUGCAUGUCCUACAAUCCGCCUUAACUAUUUUAUUUAUUUAUAUAGAUAAAAAAUUAUUAUCUCAUUCAUCAUCUCAUUUUGUGGUAUUUCUUUUUUAGAGAAUAUUAUUUUAUAUGAAGUGGUCUUUUCCACUGAAUUUGCCUAGUCAUGUGAGAAAACAGCGAAAUACUAAAUAGUGAAAACUUUUAAUUUUAGUUUCUAAUUUUGAUUUGAAAACAAUCUACAUCAUUGUUUCUUUUCUACUUAUAUUGGGUUAAAAUACAUUCCCCUUCAAAAUAUAUAAUUUCGAUUUUUAAAACAUAAUUUGCUUCAGCUACACUCCCAUGAACCCAACUAGGUUGUAUUUAACUAUUUUCCCUCUCUUGGACCGUUUUUGAUGCUUUAUAUAUCGACGAUUGUGCCACUCGGAAUCUUUGCUUAGACGUUUAAAGAUAUGAAGCUUUACAAAAUGAUUGUAAAAUAAACUAUUUCUCCAUUUUACCAAAUUCACUUGUUUUGCACGGCAGCAAAAAGUAUUGAAAAGUGCUUAUAAAUCUUAAAGAAAGUAACUAUUUUAAGCAGAAAUAUUAGAUAAAAUUUUGAAUUUUUUUUUAUUAAGUCUUGAAUAAAUGGUUGUAUUGAAUCUUGAUUUUUAGCUAAGCAUUUAGGUUCCGUUCUAUUCACUUUUGAUAUAAAGAGAUUUUCAAUAUGUUUGGAUUCAUCAAUUUAGAUUUUAGUCUCAGGCUUCUCAGGUGAUGUAACAUAGUGAAACAUGUACUGUAAUUAUACAUUAUAGUCUGUUUGUCGAAUAGAGGGUAAUAAAUUUGUAGCAAUUUAUGUUUUGAUCUCUCUUUAGAAGUUUCUAAUGUAUUAUUUAUUGGUUUAUUACAUACUCUACUUUCCAAAUGGAUUACCUUUUUUGUAAUAAAUUCCAAAGUUAUGUUUUGUUUAGUUAUAUGCUUUGACAAUAUUUUCCUGUUCACUCAUUAUUUCUUUGGCCAGCAUAUGUGCACUGAACUCCUAUUUCUUUAAAUACAUAUUCGACAUACUUUUAAGAUCCACAAUUUUCAUGAUAUGAUGUGAAUUUGUAGCCAGUUUCACCGUUACAAGUAAAAAUCAAUCAGCAUUUCUUCAUUGUUCCUAGACACUACCCAACUGUUUGAAGUACACAUUGAGAAACAUUAUUUACAGUGAUUAUAUUUUAUCAUACAACUAGCUUUGGAAUUUAGAUUCAAUAAGAUGUUUUUUGAUUGUUUUUAGUUCCAUAGUAAGAUAAAACACGUCAUUUUAGGAAUCAGAUUAUUAGUAAUGUGAAUAAUUUUUAUAGAAAGUUUUUACAAUUUCCCCCCUCUUACUAACAAUAACAAAGCAAUAAAAUCAUUAUUAAAAUGUAAUGUUGUAGCAUCCAUUUCAUUUUAUAUAAUUUGUAUGCGCGGUAAAAGGUGUUUCACUAUUUUUUUCAUGGUAUAUCUAAUAUCAGUUAAAAUAUAAAAUAUUCACAGUUUAGUUUGAUAUAUCUUAUGUUUUCACUAUUUUUUUUAAACUCGACGAGAUCUAUUGAUCAACCUUCAUAUGUUUCUUAUUAGACUUUGUCAUUUAGAAACAUAAGAUUCUCUUGACCAAUAUAUACAGUGAAAAUAAGUGGUUCUAGUAGCUGAGAUAAUUGUUGUGCCCUGAAAUGUGAUUCUUCAACAAAAAGAUUUCUUUGUGAAUCUUGCAUUACUUACUUUAUAGACGACGAGAUUUCAAUAAGAAAAAUCUGUGCAUUCACUUUAACACCAAACCUUCUCGCGAAUUUGUUAAAAACCCCCCAAAAAUAUUUUCAUUUGUACAAAAAAAAUAUUUAUUGAACUGAAAUUAUUUAAUAGGAAAAACUCAAAAUAAUCAUAUUUUCAUGUAGAGCAUUGGAAUUUAAUUCAUAACUCUCAAUAUUAAACAAAAUCUAAUGGUAAUAAAGACUUAAAUAAUUCACAAUAUCCAUAAUCUUAUACACAUUUCUCAGCAUUUAUUUUGCCCCUUUUUGAUAAAAUUUUUAACUCUUCCAAAGCCAUGUUUGGUUAUCUGGGAGGCCGCUUGAUCGUAUAUAUUAUUAAAAGUAUUUUCCAAUUAAUUUUUGAGCUUAAUUUUAUCGUCAUAUUGAAUAAUAAUUUCAAAAAUCUAUUUAAUAUUAUCUUGGGUUGUUUGUACUUUGAAGAAAUGCUAACCAUUUUUUCAUUUGUUCAUAUAUGGUGGUUUAACUUUAAAACAAACCUUCCAUAUGCAAAUCUUAACUCAAACAUUCCCACUACACACUGCUGAGUGGGAAUCCAGAGCAACAGUUGAACUUGUUAUUUACGUGAUGUUCUAUUUGUAUUUACUCUAGUAGAUAAUAAUUAAGUUAGUGUAGGAUUUUAUAUCAAUAUUCCUAUUUUUUGCAGAUUUUUUAUAAUGUACUUAAUUUUGUCUUUAAUAUUUUUUUAUCAAACCAAUUAGUUUCUUAUUUAGAACAUAGUUGAAGUAGUGAAAACAUUCAGCUUCAAAAAAGUAAAAUAAGUAAAAACAUUAAUCUAAAAAUUUGAAAAAAUUCAGUGAGACACCUUGUAUUUAAUAAAACAAGAAAUUGUGGAGAAAUAAGCAUAUUAGUGUGAUAAAUUCUAGUUAGAAACAACUUCAAUAUUUUUAUUUAAUUUGUAGAAAGGCUACAGGCUGUAGAGUUCCCUAAAUCUAUAAUACAGUUUCAAUUUGAUCUUUAUAAAUCUAAAAAUAAUUAUUGAAUAAUGUGCUGGUAAAUGAAUUUCAAUUAUGUUAAUGUAAGUCGCAAAAUCAAUUGCUCACACACUUACAUUUUUGAGCAAAACUAAUGAAAUUAAUUAAGUAAAUGUAUAAUUUGAUUUAAAAUUUCAGUCAAUCGGAUCAGUGUAGCUACUGCAACAAAGAUAUCGAAUUCGAAAUGUACAAUUUUUCUUAUUGUUCUAAGCCAAUUGCCGUUUAUUUCUGGACGAAGGCUUCCUGAAGGAAUUUCCAUUUCAACCCUGUUAAUUCAAAUGUAUGUUUAAAAAGUGCACUUUGAAUUUGAGUUUUGCCCAGUUUUUAAAAUUUCGUAAAAUAAGGGUAUAAACGGUUUUAUUUCAUAAGUUUCCACUGUAUAAUCAGGGAACCUAUUUCUAAUAACAAUAAUUUUUUCAAUCUGUUCUUGUUUUUCAUCAUAUUGACAUGAACUCAUUAACGCCAAAAAUUAUUUUCUUACUAUUUUCUGGAAUGAUUUUAAAAAUAAUACGUCCAAUUAUUAUAAAUUUGGUUUAUUUGCAAAGAAAAAACCCCUUGAGGUAUUAUUUUUCAAAAAAAUGCUGGGUCCUUAUGACGCUUAUUGGGUAAUAUUUAAAAUUAUAGAAAAACACUUUUUAUCAAUAGUGAAAAACAUUAUUACAAUAUUACAUAUUACAUAUAAGCCCACUUCGCAUUCUUCUUCGUUCUUCCCUUGUGGCUGCAAUUUUCGUCCGUACAUCUUCGGAGCUUUCCAUCAGGAACUGAAACCACAAAGUUAUUCAAUUUAUUAAACUGUAUGUCAUUACUUAUUCGGCUAUCACAGCCUGGUGCUAUUGGUUUUGGACCUGGAUUUUUUGCAGGUUUCUUAUACUUAGUUAGAUAAACUUAAAAAAGCAAAAAUAAUUGUAAAAAAUACAAAGCUCAUAGUAAGUCUUUUUGCACCUGAACAAUCCUUCUUCAAUGCUCUAGCGACUAAUUUCUCUGCCGGCUUUUCUUUCUAAUAACCAUCCAUUCUGUACUGCUGCAUCCACUAGAUAUGUAAAUAUUGGCCAGUACCACUUUUUGGAUCUAAUACAAACAGAAGGACAUAUAUCCAUGAGAAACCUUCCACGAAAUAUUGGUUUCCAUUUGGUUUGUUCCGCCCAUGUUUUUAUUGUACUGUGUAAUUAGAUUUGUCGUGGGACAAGAACAUUCUUUUUUGUUAUAUUGAAGCAAUGACUUGGCUCGCAGUUGCUCAAUCGUUUGCAAAAGUGGGGCUGAACAUUUACAAAAUAAAGACUCAUACUCUAAAUUAGCCCUAGGAUUUCGUCCUUGGUAAAUUUCGACAUUAAUUAGAUAAGUAUCAGGCGCAUUGAGGCUCCAAACCUUGUAGCCAAAACGAAUUGACUUACCACUAAUGAAUUGUUGACAUGGAUUCAUCAUAGGAAAGCUUUUGUUCAGGCACAAAAUGAGUUAAAAAUUUGUUUUUUAAAUAGUUUGCAACAGGACGAAGCUUGUAUAUUUUUUCUUUUAAAUCAUCUAUGUUACUGUUAUCCGCGAAAUGUAUAAACAUGCAUACUUGCAAAAACGAUCACGCCUCAUGGAAUCGGCCACCAACUCAUUUCUCAUAUUGGCAGUUUUCCCAGUAGCUUCUUUUGUAGGGCAAUUGAUUAUAUCAGCUCAAAAUAAGUAUUCCCAAAAAUACUCUUAGCUCUUCAAUAGCAAUUAGGGGAUCAUGGAAAUUUUUUAAAAGAGCUUAAUUUCGCGUUUGGUCCAGAAUUUGUUCUAAUAACUCAUCGGUAAAAAACAAUUCUACACAACUUAAGUGAUUAUAAGUAGAGUAAUCCCCCCCAGGAAAACUGUAUUUCGAAGAUUCAAUGUCGUCUGGACAAACUAAUAUUUUCCUCUGCAACUUGCAUUUUACUCCUUGACUCAAUAUCUUGCUGAAUUGUUCCUAUCUUUUUACCGUUGAUAAAGCAAUUUCACUUAAAAGUUGCAUCGCCCUUAGGUUGUCCACAAAUCCCGUCUCGUCCUCAUCGCCUGAGCCAGAAGAAGGUUCUAUAGAUACCUCAUUUAUGUCAUUUGCAUCUUCUGAUUCGGUGUGGUCCCAUAUGGGUACAGGCAAAAAGUCAUUACAUAAAAAAACAACAGAACAGAAAUAAUAAAUUGGGCUUUUUAGAUCGAUUCUACAGCAGUUUACCUAGACCAAACAGGAAAUAAAUUUUUGAAAAAAUCAAAAAAUAACUACACAGAAUUACUUACGCCAACUUUAAAUCCAUUUUAUCACAGUAAAUGAGUUACACUGAUUUUUUAAAACAUAAACUAAUCACCUAAAUAAGUAAAAUCUGCGCAAAUCCAGUAGAAACGUUUGAACAACUAACUGAACGAGCUUAGAAUCACUGUAAGAGAAGCACAGAUCCCACCAUUCAAAUGCUUCUAUUUUUAAUGGGUCCAUAUGGUCCUCUUAGGUAUUAAUGGGUUAAUUUCAUUGCUAUUCCUGAAAAUGAUCAUAUAUUUAUUUAUAGAUUUAUACAUUUCAAACUGUAGUUUCUAUUGCUGCAGUAUUUAGUAAAUUUAAUGUGUAAGUGAUAACUAAAGAUAUGAAAGAAUAUAAUAAACAAAUACCAAGUCCAUUUUGUAAAUAUUAGCUAUAAAUUAUGUUAUAGGAUAUUGGUUACAAAUCCAUAUUUUUGCGAUGUGAUUUUAUUUUAAUGUUGAUGUUGCUAACCUAGUAGUUUUGAAAUGAGGUUAGACGAGAUUAUUUUUAUAAUUUGCAAAAUUAGUCGGUCCACGCAAUUUUGAUAAAUUUGUUUUUUGAUAUAACGAGACAAGUACAGAAAGUCGGUUUUAUAUAUAAAAGUCAUAAGGCAUGUAGAAAAAUCCUAAUGCACUUAAAUAACUUUGAUAUUAAGGAUAAUAAUGUGAUCAUGGGAAAAAUAUACAGAAUUAAAAAAUAGCUUGUUUUUAACUUUGGAACCAGUGAAAAUGGCGUUAAUUGUUGUAGAACCAUUGGUGGAAAUUUCACAAUAUAUUUCAUAAUGAUAAAGAUAAGAAAUCAAAUAUUUUAUUGCAGUAAAUAAAUUAGUAUUAGUGCAGUAAUGAACACACUACGGGUCACAAACGAGAUAAACGAAGAGAAACAAAUUUUAAGCAAACAAACGACAAGAAAUAAGAAUGAGAUAUUGAAUUAUAUGACUUAAAACAUAAUAAAUUAAUAAAAAUUUGAUGAUCUAUAAAAACUUCUAACAAAUUAUAGAAAUUAUUUAGUGCUUAUGGAACUGGAGUGAGUGAACAAAAAAAAAAGAAAUUAUAGCAACAAACAGCAUGAUUAUGAAAUGUACAAAAACUGAAAGUUCAAGAAUUGGUUGAAAGAGUAAAUGCUGGUUAGCUAAAGCAAUCCAAAAUUAUUUUACACAAUUAUGGAAAUUAAAAUGAAAAAACUCGCGUAACAAAUCUGCAAAAAUACAAACUGAAAAAUACUUGUUGGAGAAAUUGCAUCAAUAGACAGGCGGAAGUAAUAUUGACCAAAAAAUUAAUUCAAAAAACAAAAUAUAAAAAAUAUGUUAUAGAUAAUUAACUUCUGGAUUUCUUUAUUGUACUAUAUGGCCGGAAUGUGCUUAUUUUAUUAAUAUCCUUUAAAAAAUACAGAUUGUUGUAGUUUGUAGUUAUUGAGGGUGGAAGUAAUGUGGCGUCGUCACCUAAAAAUAGGAGUAAUAGAACUUGAAAUAGUUUAACUGUCAAAUAUGAAUAAGGGUUUUGCCUAUUGUUUUCAUGUUUAUUGAUCCAUCCUCUUAUUAACACGUUCGCGGACAGUGACGGCAUAUCACGUCAUUGUCUCUGGCUUUACCAGGGCACAAAAAAUAAUCGAUAUGUGCUCAAAUUGUCACGAUAAAACGUGUAUUUGAAUACCUGAAAAAAAAUCAAACAUAUAGCUGGAGAAUCACAUUUUUUCAGAGAAUUAGAAAUAAAUAAGAAAAAUACGGCGUCAUGUCCCGUAAACAGCAUAAAGUUUGUCAAUAUAACAUUGACGUUAUAUGCCGCAUGUGUACUUUGGUUCAAAAAUUUAUAAUGGAAAAUAUUUUAAGUCCUAAAAUAAUUCAAAAUUUAUAUAAAUAUAUUUGUAAUAUUAGUUAGGUAUACACAUAUUUGACGAAAAGUUGCAAAAAUCUUUAUAUCAAAAAAUAAACAUAUUAUAUUAUAGGAAAAAAACGUAUAUUCUUGUGCUGCUUUGGUAAAACUAAGUAAAAUAAAAAAUCGCUAAGCAUGCCAAUCUUGGAAACAUGUUCCUACAUAAAGUGGUGGCUUGCCUAUGCAUUCGCGACACUGCCAGGCUGUUUCUUUUCUUUUUUUUUUUUCAUAAGAGAGCAAUGCUAAUAGCGCUUAUAAUAUUUUCCUUUUUUCUUAGAGUCUUCUGGUAUAGGAAUGGCCUCAAGGACAUGACCUGUAUUCUUCCUAGCAUUUCUAAAUGGUACAAUUUUCUAUUUUUUUGGCAUACUAUUGACAAACUCUCCGCUAUCUUUCUGAUCAGGGGAAAUUCCAAGUAAUGAUUUAAUUAUAUCAUUUCUGAUUGUCUUCAGAUCUCUUUUACCUCGAUGGCAACUGUUAUAUAAAUAGAGCGAGUUCCAAACGGCUAUAUCCAGUAGGUGGAAUAUAACUUUUUUGUACCAUCGGAUAGUAUUCCUAGGACACGAGUAAUAACUUACCAUUUGGCCAGCCAUGUCAAUACCUGACAUGUUUUCGUUAUAAUGACUGAUCUAUACAGGUUUUGUUUUUUUCUGUCCAAACCUGUUGGUUGUCUCAAUUAAUUUAGGUUGGUAUCUUGUUGUAAUGGAUAGGACUUCACGUUUAUCACGCCAUUUGGAAACAUACACAUUACCAUUCCUUUUCCAUACGUGUUGCCCGAGUUUUAAUUUAGCCUGAGUUAUUUCUUUGGGAUUACCUUUUCUAUUGGAACGUAAUGUUCCGGUACUAUGCGUCUUUCGUCGCAAUAACAUUUUUGAUAACUCGACACUAUUAUAGAAGUUAUCCAUAUAUACAGUGCUUUUCAGAUAAAAGUAUCCACCUUUAAUAACUUUUGUAAUACUGGUAUUUAGAAAAAAUCCAAAAGCACGUCAAUUUAUGUUGGAAGGGGCAAGCAUUAUGGCUUAUUUAAACUUACUGGAAAAGCCACCCCCUCACCCCUAGCAGCAUCCCCUUUAUUUUUUUAAAUUACUUUUCAUAUUUUUUAUGUAAAAUUUGGAUACUCCUCUUUGAGCUGAUUUCAAAAAUGUAUAAUACUUGUAGGUUAAAGUGGUUAGUUUAUGAGAUAAAUAAUUUUUCUUUUAAGAGCACAAAUUUUACUUAUUAUUUACUUUCACCUUAUUUGCCUGUACUAAAAUGGGUUGUACAACAGUUCAAACUCUUUAAUCUUUUUAACCGUGCUAUUUAUUCUACUUAAAAAAUCCAAACAACAAAAAACUCUACUUUUUAUUAAAGUUUGACAUUGUCAACUAGAAUUUGUAGUCACUAUUGAUAGUGUAAUUUGAUACAUUAUUUAUUUUGUUUCUCUGAAAUGGUUUACUCUUUGCAAGAAAGAAUUGAAAUUGUAGGUUUAUACUACCAAAAUAAUAAUUGUGCAAGAGCUGCUGCUAGAAUAUUUAACGAAUUACAUGACGGAAGACAUGCAACUCAUAAGUAUGUAAUUCAACUGAUGGAGAAAUUUACCACAACAGGGUCUGUUUGCAAUAAAGUGCAUAAGCGAGAGGGACUCGUAAAUAACGAAGCAAUCCAAGUGGCAAUUUUAGGGCAAGUCAGCUUAGAGGCUCAACAACCCCAAUGAAUUGAAUGAAGAUGAUUUUACAUAAAAAAUAUGAAAAGUAAUUUAAAAAAAUAAAGGGGAUGCUGCUAGGGGUGAGGGGGUGGCUUUUCCAGUAAGUUUAAAUAAGCCAUAAUGCUUGCCCCUUCCAACAUAAAUUGACGUGUUUUUGGAUUUUUUCUAAAUACCAGUAUUACAAAAGUUAUUAAAGGUGGAUACUUUUAUCUGAAAAGCACUGUAUAUAUGGUGGCCCUUAUCUAGGAAUGGCUCCAGAAGCCUUAGUACUGAAGAGUUCAACUUUGAGCUUCCCCUGGCGUCAUCUCUAUGUGAUUUUCUUUUAUAAAUUUCUGUAUUUUGGACAAAACCGUCAUUUGAACACAAGUCAUAGAAUUUGAUUCCGUAUUUACUCUUUUUAUUUUUUAUGUGGACCCGGAACUUCAGCCGUCCCCGAAAAAGACAAUGCUUCAGGAGGCAAAAAUAUAGUUUGACUUGACCUUAUUAUAGAUUAUAUAGAUUAAAGAGGAUCAUUAUUAAUAUUUUUGUCAACUGAACAAUUGAGGGUCCUUAAAAUUUGUUCAAAUCUCCUUCCUGACAUGCUAGCGAGAAAUAUCGGAUGAUAACAUAACGGAUCGAAGGAAAAUAAAUCCCGAAUUGACCGAAAUUUCAGUUCACCAGCCAAAAGGCACAAACUAAAAAAUUUCUUCAAUUCUUCCAAGGAUACUUGUCGGAAUAUUUUAAACCGCUCGUUUCUGGUUUUAGGUCUGUUAGCUAAGUUUAAUGACUCGCCAUAUGCGUUUGUUUUAUGUAGAAUAUAAUCUGUCACCUGUCCAGUCCAAAUCAAUUCAAAAACUUCCACCGAACUCAAGUUAUCAAUAUUUUGUUUAACUCCAACAGACGUGUGAUCGAACAUAAAGUUAAUGGGGUCACAAAAGGUGUUUUCCCAUUCAUUUUCCUCUUGAUCUAAAGGCGUAUCCGAUUCAUCUGAACUUCCGCUAACGACUUGAUCUGAAAUGAAAUAGUUCGUAGAAAAACAAUGUCACACAUAUACAGUGCUUACCUAAUUCAGGCUGUGGUUCUACAUUUUGGGUACGUUUCUUACGUUUCGGUUGAUAUGGACCAGCUAAAAAAUCCAAAAAUGGUAUAGUAACCAUAGCGAUUGCGAAAAAAAUCUACUUACGUUGGUUUGAUUCGUCGCUGGCAUAAGAAGAAUUACUUUGGGUGUAUUCUUGAUCCUCUACGGAAUCGUCUGUACUAUAAGGAUCGUGUAAGCUUUCAUUAUCCGCCUUAAAGCUUCCGUUUACACUUUCAACCUCGUCAUACCAAGUAAGUAAUUGCUUUUCUUGGUUUUCAUCCAUUUUGAAGGUAUUUACACACACACACAUACACUCGCAAUACGCACAAUCUUCGACAAUAACCAAAUGUGCACUAAAUACCACGAGGUUCUCGAGCCAAAACACGCCCAAUGCGUCUGUCAAACGCCUGACCAAAAAACUGUUGAAUAUUUCACGUAUCUUUUCUAAUAUGAGGUGUCUGGUGGGACACUUGAUACUCUAGAAUAUGCAAAAUGGACGUUAUAUACCGCUAAAAGUAUUAAGAGGCCAAUCUUGAAUUGACGGCAAUUGCUUGCCGUCAGUGUCCCAUUGAACAGAAUGGACGUUGCGGCUUGUGACGGCACUGUCUCACUAAACACUUAUCAAUAGAAAUGAGUGUCCGCGAAUGUGUUAAUGCAAGAUGAAAUGUUUCACUAUUCCAUUAAUCUAAAGAAUACUUUGGUGAAAAAAUUUGUUGAAUGAAAUAGUUUUAGUAGAUUUGGCAAUGUUCUCAGUAGUAAACCGGAUCAUAGUAUACCCUAUUUUGUGUAAAAUUUGCACAUCACAAUUAAGUAUAUUUUUUAUUGCCAAAUAAUAAUCAUAGAUGCAAAUCUAAAAAUGGACGAUAUGUACAAAAAGUAAAAAUAUAAAA